AGAAAGUUCUUCAAUAUUAUGAAGGCUUGAAAAAUCAUGAUCGUUAUUAUUUAGCUAAAGCCAUAACAUUAGUUGAGUCGUCGCGUAAGGAUCAUAAAUAUCAAGCGCAACAGUUACUUUCCGUCAUUCUUGAUGUGCGGCAUUCUUCGAGCAAUAGUGCAUCGACAUUCAGAAUUGGCCUUUCCGGUCCUCCCGGUGUAGGAAAAUCUACAUUCAUCGAACGUUUUGGAAUGCACAUUCUUUCUCAAGGUCAUCGUGUAGCUGUUCUUGCCAUAGAUCCAUCUUCAUCUCGGACAGGUGGAUCUAUUUUGGGUGAUAAAACCCGUAUGCUUGAAUUGUCGCGGCAAGAUAACGCGUAUAUUCGGCCAUCUGCAAGUCACGGUACACUCGGAUUUUGCCGGAGCUUGGGAUUGAAUUUUUCCACAUGGGAUUUGGGUUUGGGUGAGAUCGUAGUUGUGCCAACAUCCAGAAACACCAAUGAAGCCAUGAUUAUGUGUGAAGCUGCUGGGUUUGACGUAUGUCUUAUUGAAACAGUGGGUGUUGGUCAAUCGGAAACUAUGGUAGCAGAUAUGGUUGACAUGUUUAUUUUGAUGGUUCCGCCCGCAGGUGGAGACGAGAUACAGGGUUUGAAAAAAGGUAUCGUUGAAAUUUCUGAUAUGGUGGUUGUCAACAAAGACGAUGGUGCCUUGGAAAAUGCUGCAAGAGAAGCAGUUAUCGAGUAUACUAGCGCCUUAAAGUAUCUUCGGCACAGUACACCGUUUUGGAAACCUAAGAGUUCUGGCGAAUUGCAAAUAAGGCGGGGAAAUCAGCGAAAAUUAUGGAUGUGGCGUCAAAUAACAUCAGAACUUCUGAAUAGAUUGAACUCGGACGAAUCUAUUAAAAAACUUGUUGAUGUGUUAGAAAAAGAUGUAUUUGAUGGGAAAAUGACAUCUGGUACAGCUGCAGACCAUGUCGUUGACGUUUUUACUCAUAAAAAUGCGCAAGUAUAA